AUGGAUCUCCGCAAUAAGAGCAUUGCAGCUUCAUCGGCUUCACUUUCUCCAUCAAAACCUAAAACUCCUGGAAGGAAAUACCAACGAAAGACCGACUCGAUUGUUAGUCAAAGGAAAGUAUCUGAUCAAGAGGGUAAAGAGGGUAACACAUCUUUGCACCUUAACAAGAGUGAUUCCGGGUUGGGAGGUAAAAAAGAUGAACAAGAAUCACCCUCCGUUUCACUGUUACAGCUUCAGGAAUCACUCAAACAAGACAUCAACGAAACUCUAAAUGAAAUUAAUCAUGCAGCCUUGAUGAAAGAAACUCGGAUUAAAUUGCUGGAGAUUAUUUCAUUAGAGGAAAAAGCUAAUGAGCUUGAGUCUUCGCAAAAUCACCUUAAAAGUUUAGAAGCGAGGGAGCAACGAUUAAACAUUCUCAUUGAUGUCUACGGACUGUUGGACCCUAAAGUGGAGGAAGCAUGCAAGAAAUUUAUUAUUCAUUGCAACACAUAUUCCACAUUGAAUUGUAGGAACAAUCCAACGGAAGGGAUAGAGAUUUUGAAGAGAGCUCUGAAUUAUUUAAACAUUGGAAUUGAGUUUGAUAAUAUCAAGAGAAUACAUUCCAUGACACUGAAUAAUAUGAGCUUUGCUUUUAGAAUGAAGAACAUGUUCGAGGAAGCGCUUGAGUAUGCUCAAAAGGCAUUCAAGAUUGAAUCGGAGAUUCCAAAAGGAGACAAUGAUAUUGCUUUGGCUGAUUCGUACUUGAAUAUUGGAGCGAUCUUGUCAAAACUCGGAAAACACAAACAAUCAUUGGCUCAUGCCAAUACUGCUCUCGAUAUUUUGUUGUUUCAACAAUCUAAACUUGUGGAGAGGGAAGCUUUGCGAGAUGAGGUCGAAGCAACAGAAGAGGAUUCUGAUUUCAAGCACCCCUCGUUAACGCAUGAUGCUCUAUACUCGAGCAUUGUUGUUGCCCAUAAUAAUAUUGCAGUAGAGUUGGAACAUUUGAUGGAGAUUUCAAAAGCUUCACUAUUUCAUGAGAAAGCGCUGGAAAUUGCAACCAACCGAUUGGGUCCUCACCACGCAGUUACACUUCGCAUGCAACAAGUGCUGGAACGAUUCCAACAUGAUUUCAAGGAGGAUAAGGAGAUUGAAAUGUUGUUGCAAGCCAAAGAAAAAGGAAACAAUAUAACCUCUCACUUGUCAACCCAGGCUUCCAUUGAUAGAAUGCACAAAGACUUGAGAAGGAAGAGAGUGGAAAAGUCAUUCAAUAGUAAGGAUCCCAAUCUCAACGGGAUCAAUGACCAAAGCUCGAUCGAAAUGAACAAAUCAGCUUUAUCCAUUCCUCCCCUAGACCUUUCCACACUAAGCUCAAUAACUACUGACACGAAUCUUAAAACCCUUUCCGUAAAAAUUACGUCCUCGCCCAAGCAAGGAAAGAACUCUCCCAAAAAAACUUCAGCUAAAACACCUUUAAAAUUGGCCCAAACAGAGGCGAUAACUCUAGAUAACAGUCAGGUUUUGUUAGAGCUAAACAAUAUACUCAACAAUUGA